GGAAGAUAAAUGAAAAACGGCAGAGAAAAAAGAAUUGGUCUCAUCGGAGCGAUUCACGGCGACGUGCGGCCGGACGCGUUCGUUUCUGCCUGAUUCUGUCGUUCCGGUCUGCGGUUUCUUUCCUUUAGACGCUCCAUUAGGAACAACGUAGAGGUAGAGAAGAAGAGAGCCUGGCGAGGACGGAAUGCUGAAUAGUUAACGUCGACCAGAUCCUUAAUAGCUGCUGUUCGGCGCCGUCACCGGCUCUCGACGCUCGCUUCGAAUUCUCAUCUGGUCUGCAGAAAAGACGGGAAAUAGAAGAAUAAGAGGGCGAGGUCGGCAGCGCCGCCCUCCUGCGCAGCUUGCCCAUCUUCAUCGUCCAACGUCUCUGCUGUCUUAAGUAGAGGAGACUGGUCCAUCUAUUGGUCCGCCGCGGCAUCAUCUCUAAUUCCGAACCUCUUAAUCUGUAGAGUGGAUUUCCAGGCAAUUUUGAGCUGAUAAUUUCUCAAUCGAGAUUGGUGCUCUGGCACAUUUCAUUUUCUCGAUGGAAUAAAUAAUCCGUGUGCUGCAAUGUGAAAAUCGGUGUGUUGAUGAAUCAAAUUGCUUAGUUUGAGUGUUCCUUGGGCGACAGGUUUGCAUAACUACUGGUCUAGGUCAUUGGUUCUUCCCUUCCAUUCGGAUAUGGAGGGAGAACAUCACUGUUGCUUCUCUAUUGCAACUAUGAUCACGAUCUUCCUGCUGAUGGUUGUGGUUCGAGUGGCCUAUGUCUUUUAUCGAACUGGGAAGCCAUUGUCCUCAAAAUCUUCAGACCCGCGGAGUACUUUGAUUGUUCUGGGUUCAGGAGGUCAUACAGCAGAAAUGAUUAAUGUACUGUCUGUGAUGCAGAAAGACAGGUUUACUCCUAGGUUUUAUAUAGCUGCAGCCACUGAUAAUAUGAGUCUGCAAAAAGCUCGAGUCUUGGAGGACUCUUUAGUUGACGGGCAGAAUCAGGACGAGAAGGUACCUGCCGAGUUUAUGCAGAUAUACAGAAGCAGGGAAGUCGGUCAAUCAUACAUAACCUCUAUCGGGACAACCCUAAUAGCCAUUGUGCAUGCGCUAUGGUUAAUGAUUCGAACCAGGCCGGAAGUGGUACUCUGCAACGGCCCUGGGACGUGUGUACCUCUGUGUGUGAUUGCGUUCUUGUUCAAGGUGGUGGGGAUUAGAUGGUCAUGCAUAUUUUAUGUCGAGAGCAUAGCGAGAGUGAAGAAGCUGUCUCUAAGCGGUUUACUGCUUUACAAACUGCGCAUAGCUGAUCAGUUCUUUGUGCAAUGGCCCCAACUGCAGAGGAAAUACCCUCGAUCUCAUUACGUCGGCUGCUUGAUGUGAGCAAAUCUAUGAUAUCUUCUUCUGAUGUGGUAUCAGAGCCCAUGGUUGUUUGGGGCUGCGUUUGGUUGAAUGGCAAGAAUGGAUGACACAAACGGAGCAAUGAACAAGUUGACACCAUCCAACUACUCGAUUUGGAAGCCACAAAUGGACGAUAUAUUGUUUUGCAAGGAUCUCUAUGAACCUAUUGAAAGUGGCACCGAGAAGCCAGCAGGUAAGUCAAAUAAGCAGUGGGAGGUCUUGUAUAGAAAGGCGGUGGCAAUCAUUCGACAAUGGAUUGACCAAAUCAUCUUUCACCAUAUUGCAAAAGACACAAGAGCAGA